AUGUACUGCACUGUACACAAACCUCUGUACAGCACUGUACCCACCCCUCUGUACUGCAUUGUACACAAACCUCUGUACAGCACUGUACACACCCCUCUGUUCUGCACUGUACCCACCCCUCUGUACUGCACUGUACCCACGCCUCAGUACUGCACUGUACCCACGCCUCAGUACUGCACUGUACCCACCCCUCUGUACUGCAUUGUACCCACCCCUCUGUACUGCACUGUACCCACGCCUCAGUACUGCACUGUACCCAUGCCUCAGUACUGCACUGUACCCACCCUUCUGUACUGCACUGUACCCACGCCUCAGUAUUGCACUGUACCCACACCUCAGUACUGCACUGUACCCAUCCCUCAGUAUUGCACUGUACCCACCCCUCUGUACUGCACUGUACCCACCCCUCUGUACUGCACUGUACCCACACCUCAGUACUGCACUGUACCCACGCCUCUGUACUGCACUGUACCCACGCCUCUGUACUGCACUGUACCCACCCCUCUGUACUGCACUGUACCCAACCCUCUGUACUGCACUGUACCCACGCCUCAGUACUGCACUGUACCCACCCCUCUGUAUUGCACUGUACCCAUGUCUCAGUACUGCACUGUACCCACGCCUCAGUACUGCACUGUACCCACGCCUCAGUACUGCACUGUACCCACACCUCUGUACUGCACUGUACCCACCCCUCUGUACUUUACUGUACCCACCCCUCUGUACGGCACUGUACCCACGCCUCAAUACUGCACUGUACCCACCCCUCUGUACUGCACUGUACCCACGCCUCUGUACUGCACUGUACCCACCCCUCUGUACUGCACUGUACCCACCCCUCUGUAA